UGAUGGCUUUCCUUUAUCACUCCGCAGCUGUUUGCUUGACUGUGCUGUGAUUCGCCGAGUACACAAGCGAUCUAGCUGCACUAUCUUUUCCGCUCGUUCAGCUGGAUGCGUUCAAAAAAAACCUUCUUUUUGUCCUCGAAAUCCUUCACGUGGUCCUCCUUUCCUUUCUUCUAUUGUUAUCAUCAAGCAUCAUUCAUAUGACUCGAAUUCUCCAAGCUCUUCUCCAGCUCCAAAAGAGCUGUCUAGAAAGAUCGACUACCGAAGCUAUCGUGAUGCGCGGGGGACCAGCUUUGGUAAAGUUAGCAGGGAUCAUCUUCCCGAAGAGAACGAUCCCCUGGCGACCCCUGUGUAACAUCCCCCACUACACACUAACACUAGACAGUAGCCUCACGCAACGCCAUCGAUGACACGUCUCCGCCGUCGCCGCGUCGCAUCCCCAGCUCUGAGUCAACCGCAGUGAACAAUGACCUCACAAGCCCCCAGCAACGCACACCUGAGCGACCCCUCGCUCCCGCCCUUCCUGGGCUCCACCUUCUCCGUCUCGUCAUACCUAAACGGCGUGCUCCCACCCCUUCAGCCGCCAACAACCCUAUCGACUCACCGCCCCGCCUCGGCCGUGCCGCUAUCCACCCUCUCCUCGCAGACUACAACGCUCCUCUCCACGCUCGACUACCAGACCCAGCGGUUACUCACAACCCUCACCGCGCUCACCGACGAGAUCCUACGGCUAGCGCCGCGGCUGGCGUAUUCCAUCGACCUACUACGCUCUGACGUCGCCUCGCUGGGCGAGGAGCUGCAGGGCCAUGCUACGACGGUGGUAGAGGGCGCCGGACAGAAGCCCGGUGGGUUGGAGAGGCUCAAGAUGUUGGCUACUGUGCGGGAGCGCGUAGAAGAGGUUGUGAGAGUCUUUGGGGAGGCGAUGGAUUGGCGGAUUGAUGGGGAUGGUGCGGAGGAGGGAGGGGAAGCGGGGAAGAAGCGUGGCAGCGGUGGGAAGGAUCUAGCGGGCGAGGUGGUGUUUCUUCUUGCUUCGGGGGAUUUGGAGGCGGCAAGGGAGAAGGUACAGGCUCUGAGAGUAUUGGCCGGCGUGUUCGAAGGGACGGUCGAGGGGCCGGCGCGGACCGCGGUGGUGGAGGCGUUAGAGCAGAGGGUUAGGGUGGAGAUGGAAAAGAGGGUCGAGAAGGCAACACCCAUGCCGGUGGAGAAAAAGGCCGAAGAGAAGAAAGAGACAACGACUGAGGGAGGGUAUUAUGGGCUGAUUGAGCAGCUGAAGGGGUUGCGCGGUAUGACUUGAGGCGAAUAUAUCCCUAACAGUUGAAGUGUAAUGCAAGCAAGCAAACAGUAUUCGAUAAACCAAUCGCCGUCGCAAUCAUGUACAGCAUGAACAUAAACUACAUCCAUAGACAAGAAGGAAAGAAGUACAAGAAGUAUUAGGUUACAAGAGUCAAGGGAAUCAAGAGAAACAAAAGAACCCGCCGUACAAACAAAACCCAAAGCAAUUGGCAAUUCCCACCAC